CGACACCACUCUAUCUGUCGUUUUGUUAGCCUUCCUAUCCGCAAAAGUCCCUUUCAUUUCCCUACAAUCACUCAGGUUUCCCUGGUUUUGUCUCGACCGCAAACGCGCUCGUCAUUAACUAGCAAAGUGACCCACCCGUACCGGUUCCAGCACCCUUCUGCCUACCCUAUCUCUUCGUCCAACCUGUAUCUCUUUGGUUGCCAGCAUCUCGCAACAGUACAGGCAUAUGUAUCUCAACCAUUUUGUUGAUAGACCGUCAGCUGUGUUUGCACUCCUUUUCCGUCUGGCUGCCCGAAUCUUCCAGAAUGCGUUCAACGCUGGUACAAGGUGGGGUUUCGGCACACGAUUUGGGGUGGGAAGCAGGGAAGCCGUCAGGGACACGACGCCUUUACUUAAGCAAGACCACUCUAGCGCCUAUCAACCCCAUCGCGACAUGAACCACCUCUUCACCCCACAUGCACCACCAGCCUUAUCAAAUCUUCAUAACCCGCCGCUUCCGCUUGCACCCAACGUCGGCUCCAAACUCUCGGCCCUCGCAUCCCUGCAAUCGAGGACCUUAGUCCUCGAGUCUUCUCUGGCUUGUAUGCAGAUUUCAGAAUCAGGCAAUAGUUCACACAACAUGAGCAUAUCUAGUACCGAGAGGCAGUCGCUACAUGCCAUACUUUCGCCCGUGCGCGAGGACUUGCAAAAGCUCAAAAUAUUGACACCCGAAAGUCUGCCGCCCUAUAGCCCACGCGUUCGAACCAAGAGCCACGCUCAGAUUCUUAAGCACAAGCUUCUACCCAUUGGUCAAUUUAUUGUCACCUAUCUCGAUCGUGUACCGGAACAUGGUCGAGGGGCCCUGGAGCUGCAGUUAUGUCGCCUUGUCGCUACGGAAUACUGGCCAUUGCCUGUCGACGACUCCACUCAUUUGAGGAUCCAGGAAAUAUAUCGAAAUGCUCUCUUCAGGAUGGGUCAGCACACGACAAGUAUUCCAGCAUCGGACCAUCACCCAAAGGGUCCACUGCCCGGCCACUCACUUGCCAAACCAUCUUCUCCCACAAACACGCCAUCUUCUAGCUCGGUCAACAACACAGAGAUGGAUAUUGGUGGUGGCAAGUCUCCAGACCGAAUGCACUAGCUCGACUAGGGGACCGGUUCAGACAUUGCCACAGUGGAUUUGCAAGAUGAAAUGGGUUUGGUGGGCAAACACUGGUUACUCGUGGUGUGGUCUCUUCCACUUUUCGAAAAAGUGGUGAUGUUCUACUUGGUAGCAUAGUAUACUAUACUGCCACUCAUCAAUGACUGGAAACACAAAUGAGCUCUCUCUGGUAAAGUGGAGCAGGUACUUUUGCAGAAGGCUGCUGGUAUCUGAGUUUGAUUUGAAGACAAGGGCAUAUUCAAUGUUGUGA